AUGGAUGCUGAAGGUGAAAUUGAAGACGAUGACUUGAUAGAAAAAGUCUACUCGCCUGCUGAUCAAAUAUCCGACCGCUCUGGUUCCAACCUGCCCGCCUCUCCCUUCCUUCGACAUCAACAGCAACAGCAUCAACAACGUCUCUUAUUAGAGAAAUUGAAGACAAUCGCUAUCUCGUGCAAUAGACCUCUUUUUUUGCAUCUUGCCGUCUCCUUAAUAUAUCGAGGCCGGGCAAUCCAGGUUCCAUUGCAGCAACCCACUCUUUGCUUGGCUGGUCUGCGGUGCUGGCUGCGCGAAUUGAGCAGACGAUCUACACAUACUUCUUCUCUAUCAGUGGAAGAUGAUGAUUCCUCUGUGAUAGAUUUGGCUGACUUACGUAUCCGCCUCCUUCUUGUGCCUAUUACUUUCUUGUUGCCAUGGGAAUUAUCAAAACGCUUGGAUUAUAAUUAUCUUGAUGAGUUAGUGGCAGCGGUACCAGCCUCUGAUGUCGUCGGUUCAGUGUCUGAUGCAUCAGAUAACGAGGGUGUUUUAGAAUCUAGGCGACCAGCUGCACUAGGACGAGAUGGCAAUUGUUCUCUGGUAACUGAAAUGGAUAAUCCGGUUAACCAGGCGCUCAAUGGCAUUACGAUUCGACGACUAGGCGGUCCUUUGACGAAGAAUCCUCCUGAAGCCACCUCCUUCGCAUUCAGCUCUGUUGAAGCUGAGGCCGACAUUUUUCCACCUAUCACGAGUGGCUGCCAAUCGACUGACCUCAAUGCCUACUGGCCAGACGCCGACUGGUUAGAUGAUUUGCAGGUGAGCGGAUUGCAAUCAUGCCUAUGUGAACUGGCCUGGCUAAUGCGGGAUGAAGUUGUCUGCUCUUUACGUCAACUUCCUCCCUACCUCGAUACUACUUUAGAGUAUGUACUCGAUCAUCUUGAAGAUACAAAGACUCGACUCUCUACACCUAGCUGGGUUAUCGGCCAAUCGUUGCCUUUUUCCACUUUUAAUGCUCCAGUAAAUGUCUUGAACGCUUCUGGCCGACUUGCGCCUUCCGAUAUUCACAAUCUUAGCCUUGGCUUAUUUAACUCUCAGCCACCUUGUUCCGGCUUAGCAGACAUCUGCUUCUCGAAAAAUCAGAGCUUGCUUUCCUUGUCGCGGCCCGCUAUGACUCCAGAAGCAGUAGAGACACCAAAUCGUCCUAUGAAUGGAUUCCUCUGUACCUCAUCGCUUCCACAUCAAUGGCCUCCUGUACAGUUCUGGCCCUUUCCUGUCAAUCGAGGACCCUCGGCCAUCGUAGGUGGCUUAUCUGAGCUAGCAGUCGGUAUUACUUCGGAGCGUGUGUUACUUCACUUUGUCUUGCCGGGAGACGAGUCGAUGCGUCUCUUCGUCGAUCGACUAGAGACAUUGUCUUUCGGUUUUCCGCCUUCUUCAGCCUGCCUGCAGCGCCUCGGAGAUUGGUACUUUUUCCGCUUGCUGACCCCGUUUGAACUUGAGGAAACACAAUGCCAAAAGUCUGUUGGUGCGAUGCCUCCUGAAGUUAUCAUCUCGCCAAAUGUACGCAGUAAAAGACGCAAACCGAAAGAAAAAAAUAGGAGUAGUGGUCAGAUUUUCGGCAAUCAGGGUUGGUUCCUACAACCAAUGAAUUUUGUUUCUGUAACCCAAAACGACCUUGCUCAACCUAAGGAUAGUGAUUUCACGGGUUCUAUAUUCUCACAAUCUCAUGACCACGAGAUUUCUUCUCCAACUCCCUCUGUUCCAGAACCAAGUAGUCACAAUCAUACUCAGCCUCAUCUUGAGGAUUGCAUCCGAAAAGAGUAUUCUACCUUAAUUCUUGACCAAGAUAAAGCAGCUGAAUGGUGUAGCAAAGACAGGGAUUCAACAGAGUCCAGCUUCACUGGGUUAGUGGAAACUAUAGCAGAUGCGGAACAAAAAGAGGUCGAGGAGGAAGAAGAGGAUGCACUCGCGGAAGAGUCAGACUCAAGCAAUGGCCAUGAUAAUGACGCGGCCGAUGAUGAGGAAGAUGAGGACGAGGAAGAAGAGGCUGAAAUGGUCGAACAUGAGGCUGCAGCUUCUCAUGCUGCCAGUAAAUCCGGUAGAUAUUCCACGAACACUCUCAACGGCCAAGUAACGGACAGUCCACUGCAGAUCAUUUGCCUCCCUCCUCGGCUACGACAUGGCUCCAUUCAACCCUUAUUCUUUUCAAAUGGAAAUUGCAUCUCAGCCACCGCCUGCGAUCGCUCAUGGCCUGCUUUGGAUGAAUCCAGGUUAGCAGCAAAUAUGCAGCUUCUGACACCAGCCGGUAGCCUUUUCUAUAGACUUCCAGAUUAUUGGUUGAUUCUUCGUAUCAGUCAGACCGGUGUCUCCAUAUUCGUCCAUCACACAGACUCCCAUCGUGACGCAUUCGAUUAUCGGGCAACCGAGGCAAAUUUUGAUUCCGGCCAGUCCUCUGUGCUAAAUGAACGAGAUCAGCCAAUGGAUGCAGGUUUUUCCAAACCUCUCGCGAACACUGCGUCGCCACACUCCAACCAAGUUCGCGGAUGCCCUGCCUGCUUGCUUUUCCGAAGAGUCGUUUCCGAUUUGCAUGGCUUGUUGCACUACGUCAAUCAAAGUAUGCUCCUCAGGCAGUUGAGUUGCGAGCUGAAGUGUAGUGAUCUGCUUGAAACUACGAAUGAAGUGAUUCCGACAGGUCCGUCGCUUGCCGGAGGCCGCCGUGGUGACGCUGGCUCUGCAAAAUCCUCCGCUAAAUUGACCAAUCAACGUCUAACAAGCACAAAGUUGCAAACCAGCCGAGAGUUCAGUGAUCAUGAAAGUAGUGAGGUAAACCCAUCUGUUGACGAUUUGGCUACCAGACAAUCGAUUAUGGCUUUGCAACACAACAGACCAUCCUCAUCUUCUCCUCAGUCCUCAUCUCGCCUUGCACUCGCGUCCGGGACAGUGCGUAGGCCAUCCUUCGAAGCGGACAGUGAUGAAGACACCGGGCUCGGCUUCCAAAGGAGCUUGGCACUCGGCGCCAUAUCCUGUCCUACCUCUGUCAUGUCCUCAUCUAGGCGUCGCAGGCGGGCAGGUCUUCGAAACAGAGAUAUUGUUUCAAGUUUCUGUAAGGCACCGGCUCGUGGUCUGCCCAAGUCAGGACCUACAGCCUGUAGUUCAGGUCGCAUUCUAGCCUCGCCGCCACCGACGACUGAGCUUUAUCAUCACUCGAUCUCAUCCUCUGGACUUGGGCCAAUCUCUAAUUAUCCUGGUCACUUAAUGCCAAUGCCCCAUCUGCUCGUCCGGGAACAUGUGCCUCAGAUCCCUGUGCAUCCGCGCCACUGGCCUCCUUGCGCGACUUCUUCAUCUCUGCUGAAGCCACGGAUUGCCGGCCACCUCAACUACGUCUCUUCGAGACCCGACGCCUCAGAGUUGGCCGGUUUUGACGCAGUCUAUGACAAAGAGUCCUUUUUAUUUCGUCAUCCUAGCACCCAAGCUUUUAGGCCAGGCAGCUUUGCCUGUCCAGUUCAACUCAAGGUAGAAUUUCGUUUACAUCCUCGUUUGCUUACACUCGCUCCACUAGCUUCUGGCUCCACUAUUUCAGCUACUUCAGGUGGUUCUGGUGCAGCCUCCAGUAACAACCUUGGUGGGGCCUCUGUUUUUGUGGCUGCUAGUAUGACCCCUUCAAUAGGGGCAGCCUGUUCGUCUAUGACAAGUAGAGUUGAGGAAAAUUCACAGCAGCAUCGCACAUGUUUCGUGAUACCAUUGCUGCAAUCUAAGCUGGAAAAUUUUAAGGUAUCUAAUCGGCGAAAUAUGUUUGUUCUUCCAGACGAGCCAGCAGGGACUUCUGAAGGUGGCAAUUCAGGCAAAGCUGAUAAACAAGGAACUGAAAAACGACCACCGAUACUACAGAGUUUCUUCUCCAGCACUAAGCCCUGUUUGGACAGAAGCCGUUCAGUUGGCCCGCGCAUCUUCUACAUGUUCCUUCGGGAAAUUGUUGUUGACCGCUUUUCUUUACCUUCUCUCUCGACGGCAACCAGCCUAAUCGGCAUAGAGCCUGAUACCUCACUGCCCUUCACAAAUCCUAUUAAUAAACACGAUCCAAAUGAGAAACACAUUCUUUCUACACCACAUCCAGAAUCUUUUAGGUCUUCUGACACAACAGGCGCGCAAGCUUUUCUGUCCAAUCCAUUGCCGAUUGCUCAUCACCCACAAAAAUCUAUUUCUGGCAGGUUGAUUCCACCCGUUCGAUAUUCCGACAAAUCAUCCAACAGUGCUCAGAUUGAUCGUCAGGUUUUAUUGCAGGUAGCCCUGCACGGAGUGGAGCCUCCUAGUAAACAUCUGUAUGUUCGUCUACAUGACACUUUACAGACUUGGCUAGAUGGUCUGGUGAUGACCUUGUUUGCAAAUAGCCUCUCGCGCAAUGCCAUCACUUACUUGUCUCGAGAGGACAUUGAUUUCCUGACCAACAGACGGGGUAAGCGGCCUCAAAUGGAAUUCUCUAUUGUUCUGCCUCAAUUCCCCUUACCCAGUUCUCCGGUCAGCCCUAAAUCUGGCCUCUCAACUUUGCGGUGGCGUCGAAAGCAGCCUUGUUUCGUUGAUUCUCAUUGCGGCCACUUAUUGGCCUUUUCCUACUACCUGAAACAGAUGCUCAGUCUUUUUCUAUCGCCUGUUCUCGUGAGACCGGAUGCCAUGCUAGCCUUCGAGCUGAAUGGACCCCAUGAAUGUUUUUUGUACCAUCAAAAAUGUGCACAGGGAGUGUCUAAGCACGGCGUUGCUCUUGUCCUCGUCCAGCUGGUUCAGGCCUUUAAGUAUUACAGAGAUCCGGUCACUAUCACGCAAUGGCUUCUUCCUCAGCCCUUAAUUGAGCACUUGCGCUCUUCGAACAGUCUAAAUAUUUCCUCAAAUUGCUCUACCAAUGAUUGGUCAGAGUGUGAGGAUUCGCGACUCAGCGGUACCGAUUCCAGGCCAAACUUGAAUCGCCUGAGGCAAAUUUCGGCGAGGCUUGUCACCUUUGGCCGCAGUACUUCAGAGGCGCCUCGUCGUGGCCAGCAGCUUCUGGUGACUUUCCGUCUUUGGGAGCGAGGUGAAGUCGACCUUAGCAUCUUACAAUCAAAGCUUUAUUCCGCUGCACACCAGGCGAUGACAGAUUUUCUCACUGAAUUCAUAGUCCUCACUACUCCCUUGUAUUUGCAUUCAUCAUUCGAUUUCUCUCCUAGCUGCCUAAGCUGCCCAAUAAAAGAUGAUGCCCCGGUUGAUCACGAAGAGCAAAAUCAUCAUUUACAAGCUUCACAAAAAGAACUUGAGCUGGAUCCCUACUUCCCCAAAGUUGUCUUGCCAUGGCUCAAGGAGGGAGUUGCUAUGGAGCACCCAUUAUUUCAGUCGCGUGAGGCUCACUUCUCCUCUCAAGUUGGUGGGCUAGACAGCUUUCUACACGAGCUUCUCCGCCAACUGGAGGCUAUCGUCGCGCCACCUUCCUCUGUUCUUCUGCCCACAGCCAGCUGUGCCACUACCGGCGUAAUUCGCACGGCUGCGUCAGCUGCCACAACAACACCAUUUGCGGCGCAGCAACAGACCCAGCACCCGAUGACUUCCAAUAACACUCUUCUUCCUGGUCAGUGUGGGAUCUCAUCAACCGGUCCUCGGACAAUCCCCCUCCAGCCU